AUGAGUCACGCGCACGAUGGCCACAGGUCCUUCUUUCCCGUGGGGAAUCCAUUCAGGAUGAUUUUCCCAAGAGGAGCCCACCUGUCGCCGAAGCUCACCGAGCUCCUCGCUUCGUACGAGGAUGGCCUGGCCUCGAGCUUGAGGAAGCUCAAGCCAGAGGACACCUCAGAGGUGCUCACACUAUCAUGGAUGAAGCUCGCAGUGGACUGCUUAUCGGAGCUGCACACCAAUAUAGCCACCCUGAUUACUGAGCUUGAGCUGCCCUUAUCUGAUUGGGACGAGAAGUGGGUGGACAUUUACCUGAACAGCAGUGUGAAGCUGCUGGACAUCUGCAUUGCGCUGAGCUCAGAGCUCUCUCGGUUGGAUCAAGGGCAGCUGCUUGUGCGAUAUCUCCUGAAUGUCUUGGACUCUGGGAGCGACAUGCCAUCCCAGGAGCAGCUCAAGAAAGCUGAGGUGUCGCUUAAGGAAUGGAUCGAGCGAGCAAGUGAAAGGUCUCUGAGGCUUGAUAGCUGCUUGGCAGCGCUACAGGAGCUUUCUGGGAACCUUUGCCUGAUGAAGGUUAAGCAUUCUGCUAAGGGGAAAGUGCUCAUGCGGGCAUUGUAUGGAAUCGAGGCCGUUACAGUCUUAAUCUGCAGCGUCCUUGUAGCCGUUCUGUCAGGUAGAUUCAAGCCACUGGUGGAGUUUGAUGUCCCUGAGAAAUUUGGUUGGUCUACGGCCUUCAUUGAUCUUCAUAAGGCCAUAAGUGGGGAACUUAGCAGUCAACUAUCCAGAGGUAGUGUUACAGCUGUAAAAGAGCUGGAGGAUGUUGAGGUAUGUGCUAGACAGCUGCAUACAUUGACUUGUGCUGCUCAGCUUGAAGAGGAGAAUUCCAGCCUGGCUCAUGCUGUUAGUCAUUCAAAGGAAGUGGUCCUGCCAGCCCAGGAAGGAGGCCAUGUGGAUAAUCUUAAGAUGGCUGAGGACACUAGCUGUCAGCAUGAAGUGAUCACACUGCAAAGUAUUACUACAGAAGGAGGAAUGGAUACAGCUGACAUCAAGGAGGAUGCCAAGACUAUGGGCCAUACAAAAGAAGUGAUGGUGCCUGAGAAAACAAGUGACAGAGGAAACCGAGAUGAUAACACAAAGCAGGCCACUGGUGUUGGCACUGAGAUCAAUUGCUUGGAAAGGAGAGAGGAGCUGCUGAACUGCAUCUCCAGCAUGUCGAAAUGCGCUGAAAGGCUUCGGUUGGGGUUGGACUCGCUGUCGAAGCGGGUGGGUGACUUCUUCCAGAUCGUGCUUACAGGGCGUGAUGCACUACUUUGCAAUCUCAGGAUUUCAGACGGGGGGAAGGUUGCUGCAGAGCAGCCCAUCCUUAUGCGUGGUGCUUCUGAGUUCUGGCCCCUGCUGAGCCCCACCAACACUAAGCCGGGCCCAGGUCUCAGAAGCAUUGUGCAUAAUCAUGUGCCCCUAGCUGUGCUGUGCAAAAGCUUAUAUAGCUUCCCUUUUUGGCAAUACUCGUCCGACGUGGAGGCGCUGCUCCAGCGCCUCGUCGCGCGCUACGGCCCCGUUGUAUCUCUGCGGGCAGGGUCGAGCCUGACGAUCUUUGUCACUGACCGCCGCAUCGCGCACGCGGCGCUAGUCGAGAGCGGGGCCACGCUCGCCGACCGCCCUGCGGUCACGCACGCGCUCCUAGGGGAGGCAGGCAACACCAUCUCGCGGUCCAGCUACGGGCCCGUGUGGCGCCUCCUGCGCUGCAACCUCGUCGCCGAGACGCUGCACCUGUCGCGGGUGAAGCUGUUCGCGCCGGCGCGCGCGUGGGUGCGCCGCGUGCUCGCGGAGAAGCUUGGGUGGGAGGCCGAGGAGGCUCAGGCGAAAGAACAUGAGCCGCCCCUCGUGAUGGAGCCGUUCCGGGACGCCAUGUUCUGCCUCCUGGUGCUCAUGUGCUUCGGCGAGCGGCUAGACAAGCCCGCAGUCAAGAACCAAGGUGGUGCCACGGUGGCGCCAGAAGAGGAGGCGACCAUGUUCGAGCACUCAUAUGUGGACACGCUGCUCGACAUCAGGCUCCUCGAAGAGGGCGACCAUGAGUUCACUGACAACGAGAUGUCCAACCUCUACUCUGAGUUCCUCACUGCCGGCACCGACACGACGUCCACCGCGCUACAGUGGAUCAUGGCCGAGCUGGUCAAGAACCCGGACGCAUAG